AGCGUUGCACAUCGCUGCUUCCGGCCCUCGGCCGGGGAGCCGCUCCGGCUCAAUGCACCCCAGACGCACCUUCUCUCCGCAUAUGCUGCUCCUGCCUUGAUGCCCCUCGCCCUUCGACCACUCGACGUUGUGCACGCUGCCACUAUGUCACCACCAUGCACUCGACCCAUCAACGAACCAACCAUCUCCUCCGUGCUUGAUGUCAUCUUGCUGGCCUUUCUCCGCCUUCCAAGCUCUUUUCCCCGUAAGAGCUCCGCUAGCAGCAUAGGCUUGCAGCCAUAGUCGUCUACCAAGAAGCCUUGUCGCAGCACGGUGAUUUCUUGCCUUGCGCACGGCAUUCCUACGAAGCCUAAAUACAGCCAACCUUUCCCGCCUCGGAGGGCGCCUCAGACUUACUCGCCGCCAUUGCCUGCAUCUUCAUUUCUCUGUGAAGUCUCCCAUCGUCUCAGCAUGAAGUUCAUCCAAACACUGAUCGCGGGCCUGGCCCUCAAGACAGCAGCUGCUAUUCCUCUGCUUCAGCGUGACUAUGCGCUUGGCUCGGCUCCUGUCCGUGGCGCGAACAUUGGAGGCUGGCUCGUUCUGGAGCCCUGGAUCACGCCCUCCGUCUUUGCCGAAAACGAUGGCUCCGUUGUCGACGAAUACACGCUUACGCAGAACAAGGGCAACGCCCGUGAUAUUCUAAAGCAACAUUGGGACAGUUGGGUCACACUUGCAGACUUCCAGAAGCUCGCAAACAAUGGGUUCAACGCCGUCCGCAUUCCAAUUGGAUACUGGGCCUUCAAGAAGUACCAGAACGACCCGUACAUUAUGGGCGCGCAACCAUAUCUGGACAAAGCCAUUGACUGGGCCCGUCAGACCGGUCUCAAAGUCUGGAUCGACCUGCAUGGGGCGCCGCGCUCACAGAACGGCUUCGACAACUCAGGGCAGAAGGUUGGAGCGCCCGCCUGGACGAGCGAGGACUCCGUCGCGGCAACCCAAGAAGUAAUCGACAUCAUUUCCAAGAAGUACGCAGACCCAAAGUACGCGGAUGUAGUCGUUGCGAUCCAGCUGCUGAACGAGCCGCUGAUGGGCGCCCUUCCGGGCGGACGUGGCGCGACGCAGGCCUACUACCAGCACGGGUUCGACUCGGUACGCGGAGUGCCUGGCAGUCAGGCCAUGGUGGUAAUUCAUGACGGGUUCGCGCCGCCGCGCGAGUGGAACGGUUUCGCAACGGGCCAAGGAACCAACGGUGCGGUUGUCGACCACCACGAGUACCAAGUGUUUACAAACGAGCUGGUGGCCAUGUCGGCGCAGCAACACAUCGACCUGGUGUGCGGCAGCGCGCACACCUGGGGCGAGGGCCAGGACAAGUUUGUCGUUGUGGGCGAGUGGACUGGUGCCUUGACGGACUGCGCGCGGUAUCUUAAUGGCUACGGUGUCGGGGCCCGCUAUGACGGUACUUACAACGGCAGCCCCACUGUGGGGUCUUGCGCCGGUGUCAAUGCGAUUGAGCAGUGGACGCCACAGCGCCGCACCGACACGAUCAAUUACAUCAACGCGCAGCUCGAUGUGUUCGAGACGAAGGCGCAGGGCUGGUUCUGGUGGAACUUCAAGACCGAGGGCGCGGCGGAAUGGGACCUCUUCCGCUUGAUUGAUGCGGGCGUAUUUCCGAAGCUGCAGGGCAGGGUUGCGAAGGCGACAUGCUAAGAGAAGAAGCGCAACAAGGCAUACUACGAAUAACAAGAGCAAGCACAGUUGGCGGCGGUGGCGGUGCGUCAAUGCAGGGUGCAGCAGAUCUGUGUCCGAUGCGGCUGCUGCCCGCUGUUGCACGACUGACUUAUGACUUCAUGACUCUCCUUUACCUCUUAGCGCGAGUAUUUUCUUUGGUGUUGUUAUAAAGUGUGGUUAGUGGCUUAUAUGCUACGGUACAGUACCUAUUUGUCUAGGUAGGUAGUUUGGUACUGCUCAUGAGGUACCCACUUGUCUAGUUAGUUAAGUAGUUCAUACACC